AUGUCGCAAUCUCCAGACGUCGACCGAGACUCGGAGAAGUCUGAUGAUGAAAUAGGCGACCUUGGAGCGACCGGAUCAGCGACGCCACGUAUAUCUGGCAAGAGGGUCCCCCGCGCUUGUGACAAGUGUCGGAAGUCGAAAAGUAAGUGUCAACCUUCGGAUGCCGGUGCAGACAGAUGCAGGAGCUGUCUUGCGGCAGGCACAGUUUGUACCUUCUCAGGCCCAAGCUUCCGGCGGGGCCCACCCAAGGGGUAUAUUCAGGCCUUAGAAUCUCGUCUCCACCAGAUGGAAAGUAUGCUUGCGGCGAUCAUGUCGUCUAAGGAUGAACGUGCUCGGGGCGUCAUUGCCGACCUUCGAAAUGAUGCCCUGGCUAAGAGUAUCCUGGGUCGAGUCGAUUCAGGCCCUUUUGGACCAAGCGGUCGGCAGCAACGAUCUAUCGAUCCCACGGAGGACAACUUUUUCGCCUCCAUCAUCGGUGCGGCACCGCCGAAACUGAUGAGCGUCCGCUCGCGAAGGCAAUCGAGAUCUACGCGCGAAAGUGUGACGCAGCAUGAUCCCUCGGUAUCAGUGCGGCCGACGCUCGAGUGGCAAGAUCGCCUGUCGGAGGCUCUUGCGUGUGGUCGGGAGAAACAACCAGGGACCGACGCUUCCUGUCAGCCGUCUUUGAGUUACGCACUUAGUUCUACCGGUGCUGGUUCUUUGGAAGGACGCGCUAGGCAGAAAAGGCGUCUGGAUAUAGCGCCUUCUCCGUACAGCGGCGUUCUUGCAGCUACGUCGUGGGACGAGCUUCAUAGCAUACAUGAUCCCGAAGAAAGUGAGCUAGACGAUUGCGCGGAUGCCUUCGGUAACCUGUCCAUAGACGAAAACAAGGAGGUGCGAUACCAUGGGAAUUCUACAGGAUUGCAUAUGCUGGCUCAGAGUGAGAGAACGGACGGGCGGAAUGUUGGUGGCAUGUGGAAAUUCCCGAUGCCAAAGGGCUGGCUUACUCAAUGGACACCAGGGUCUGUUGUACCUGGAUUUGACGUUGGGGCAGGAAACUCUGACGGCGACGUCACGUUGCCACCAUUGGAUGUGCAAGACCAUCUGAUUGAGCUUUACUUCACAUAUGUACACCCAUCGAUACCUGUCCUCGACAGGGACUUAUUCAUGGCCGAUUAUAAUGCGCAGAAAACGUGCUUUCGAGAAUCAAGUCACAGCGAAAAUAUCUAUGCUUCGCGCCUGGUACGCCCCGAACAGAUGCAAAAACUGUCUAAACUCCUGUUAUUCGCGAUAUUUGCCUUUGCGGCCCGGUACUCGGAUACAGAGAUUGAAGCUGCAACUAGCCAUGGCGUGGAUAUGGGAUCCAGGCAUGCGCUGUGUGCACGAAGGGUUCUUGAUACGAUGUACCAGGAGAGCCGGACUUCCACAUGUCAGGCGUUGGUCCUUCUGGGUAUCCGCGAAUUCGGCACAGGAAGUUUGGAGGAGGGUUGGCUGCAUGUCGGAAUGGCGAUUCGCAUGGCACUAGAUCUCGGAUUGAAUCGGUCUGCCGAAAAGUGGCAGCAUGAUGGCCGCGAACUCUUCACCCCCGCCGAAAAGCAAAUUCGGCGGCGAAUAUGGUGGGCGUGCUGUUUCGCAGACAGAUAUUCUUCUCUCUUCCUAGGUAGACCGAUGGCCAUUCAUGAAAGCGAUUCUUCCGCGCUGUUGCCAGACGUCCCGGAGAAUGAGGGAGAGGAAACGUGGCGGCCCUGCCAUACCAAUUCUCUGGGCCUAGAGGUCUCGCCCAUUCCUGCCCGGUUCAUGAGCUGCUUCCGAGAAGCAGCUUCUCUGUCCGUCAUCGUGGGCGAGAUCGUCGGGAAGAUAUACCCUGUCACCCAUGUUCUUCCUGUGCCGCGGCGCAUCCUUAUGGAGCAGCUGUAUUCGCGCCUUCUGCAGUGGUCGAUCAAUCUACCGGAAGCCCUGCGGUAUUCGCCAGCGAGCAAGCAGCCUUGUCCUCCGCCCCAUGUCCUCGUGCUGCAUGUCCAAUACUGGGCUGCUAUUCUGCUUCUCCACAGACCUUUUAUACCCAAGGAGGCCGAACUCCAGACUACGCCCACUGGGGAGUCAGUUGCCUCAGAUCGCCUUCCAUGGAAGGCACUUGAUCUGUGUCGGAGUGCCGCAGCGCAAAUAACGUCUUUCGCCAAGGCGUUUCACAACAACUUCGAUUUGAGGUGGGCUCCCCCCAUUAUUGGUCCCUCUUUUCAGAGUGCUGGAAUCAUUCAAAUUAUCAUUUUAAGAAGCCGGCCAUCCGAUACACAGGCGAUGCUUGGCCUGCAGGAUUGUAUGGCAGCUCUGAAUAAGAUGCAGCUUACAUGGCCUUCUGCUGCUCGCAUGCGUGAUCUGCUCCAAGGUGCCAAGAUACAGCUAGAUAACCGCGGUGCCACACACGAGGAUUCCCAAAGACCACCGAAACGAGGUGCAGCUGAUGCAUUUCCGCGAGAGGAUACGCCUCCUUCCCACCCUAGCCCUGUUGGAUCUCACGCUUACGCACAUCGCGAAGCACAAGGCGCCGGCGCCAUCGUACGCCUUGAGCAGAAAAGCCCGGCACAUGCUUUCGACAAUUUCGCUGAUCUCCUCGGAUUAGACUUCCACCCAGGACUUCCUCACACGCCCACGGUACCUGAAUAUUGGCCACCUCACCCUGCGUCUGAUGGUGGUGGGGCAGAAUCACAACGGGGACACCACGAUGGGUUUCGCGGCAUGCCUUCGCAGCCUUUCACGUUCGGGCAACAGCAGUUUGCGCCCGAGUUCAUGCAAGCCAUCCGGGAUCCCAUCCUGCAUUUUCCGACUGCUUAUCCGGCGCAAGGUUACUCGUAUGGCAGCUGA